AUGCUGUCGCUUAAUUUGACAGCUGUGCACACGAUGGCAGAGGUCGGGAGUUUUCUGGGGACGCUCGAUUUGGAUUUACAAACCUUUCCUUCACUCGGGAAUAUGCCUGUGCCGGAGUCUCCGGUGGGCUUGACGGAGCGGCUGGGGCAGAUUGAGGGGAGGCUGCAGCGGGGGUCGCCCACGGAGUUCGGGCACCUGAAGGGGAUCCUGAGGCGACGGCAGCUCUACUGCAGGACCGGCUUCCAGCUGGAGAUAUUCCCCAAUGGCACUGUGCACGGGACAAGACAGGACCACAGCAGAUUCGGUAUCCUGGAGUUCAUCAGUCUGGCAGUGAGUCUGGUCAGCAUCAGAGGGGUGGACGCCGGACUUUACCUCGGCAUGAGUGAGAAAGGAGAGCUCUAUGGGUCGAAGAAGCUGACAGCAGAAUGCGUGUUCAGGGAGCAGUUUGAGGAGAACUGGUACAACACCUACGCUUCGACUAUGUACAAGCACACAGACACGGGACGCUUCUACUACGUGGCCCUAAACAAAGACGGCUCGCCCAGGGAGGGCAACAGGACUAAAAAACACCAGAAACUCACUCACUUCUUACCGAGGCCAGUGGAGAUUGAAAAGAUCCCUCAAGCGUACAGGGACCUUUUCCAGUACAGGUGA